AUGCAGGCUGAGAAACCGGCUGAAAAGCCAAAGAAACCCAAAGGGCGAAAGAAAGAUUGGGUGAUGGAAGCCGGAGCAGGUGUGCCGCCACCUGAGAAACCAUCACCAACCAGCUCUCCUGAGUUGGUCGCAGGUUGGUACCCUACACAUCCUGACAUGACUGGUCGUCUUUCCUACUCUCCAGACUCUGACGAACUUGAACUUGCUCGUGCAGUUGCAGAAGCCCAGGCGGCGAACAUGCAGAAGACUGCUCGGAAGAAGGCAACACUUGCUGCUGCUGCUGCUGCUGAAAAUCGUCUGUUUGAUUGCACUCAGGAGAAGUUUCUGAAUGAAAUGGAUGCGGCUGCCUUGGCUGAUGCCACAGCAGGAUCUAAGGCGAAGACUCCCCAAGCAGCUGCUGCUUCUUGGAAUACCCCACCGACCAACACAUCAGUGCCUGUUAUUCCUCGGGCCCCUGCUCCUCGACAGUUUGCUCCUGUAUUCCACCCACCACCUGCUCAUUGGCAUACACCAGCCAAGAACGAUGAUUCUGCUUUCACCAUGCAGUCGGCUACCUGGCCGACUGUGACUGGCCAAGAAGAAUCUGUUGCUGGUCGCAAUGGACGUCACAGUGCUCCUCCCAUGCUGCCAAGCCCCACCAAAUGGUCACCUGAAACACAGGCUGCUCCUGCAAAGAAGAAGGCCCCUUCUGUCAAGCCAAACGGAAAGCCCAAAGCCAAGAAGAUGUCUGCCGGUGGUGGUGAUAGUCACUUUACUGAUGGAGAGGUAUCCGGCUUCUUUGACAUCUUGGAAAGGCGACUUCCUAUUGGCAAAGAAGAGUUCACGAAGUGCAUGGACGAAUACAAUGCCCUGUUCCCUGAUCGUCCUCGUGGUUACAACAACUUGAAGGCCCAGUUCAACAAGCAUGCCAGCAAGAAGCCACCCACCGGCGAUCCUGAUUGUCCUCCUUUGACCAAGCGCGCAAAGAGGAUCAAAGCUGGCAUGAAAGAGAAAGCAGGAAUGCUCACCAUGGCGAACAUUGGAGAUGGUUUUGGCAGCACCAAUGGCGAGAACUUGAAGAAGAAGAACAGCAGCAAGAAACAAGAUGGUGGUGGUGUUACUUUGUCUCAACCCAAGUCUGUUCUCAAGACCAAGGCUCGUGACAAGGCCAGAGAUGGAAUUGUUCAAGCAAUUAUCGCUUCUGACAAGGCUCAAGCCAAGCGUGAAGAGCGUGCUGCCAAACGUCGUGGCAAGCAGAUGGAAAGAACAAUGAUGGUUGCCACCCAGGCCUUCACUGCACUGGCUACUGCCAUGGCGGGGCAAAGGGUUGAGAUUCCCCCGAUGCAGGAGCCUGCCAAAUUGGAUUCGUCCAGCAGUAGCAGCGACAGCUCUUUGUCUAGUUUGUCGGACGAUUCUGAUGAUGGUGGUGGUGGAAAGAAGCUUUCUUUCAAGCGCAAGCUUAAGCGCUGGAAGAAAAAGAAGGCUUUGAAGCGGGCUCGCAAGUCGCCGAACAAGAGUGUCAAGAAGAAGAAGGAGGCUACUGUUGAUCUCAUGGAUGUCGACAGCUCCUCUGGUUCUGAAGUUGAGCUCAAGCUUCCCUAUGGAAAGCAUGACAGCGACGAUGACGAGAAGAAGCCCAAUGCCAUCUAG